GCUGAUAGAUAAAGAGAGUUUAGAUUAUCAUAAGAACUCAUCACAACUUUUUAAACCAGUGUUAGAGAAGACCUUGUUUAAUGGAGCUGGCCAUGGAUACCCUCCAUGCAACUGAAAUCAAUAUAAUUAAAUAUCUUCAAGAUAAUUUCAUGAGCUUCCAAGACUGGUUUGUCUUUGUCUCUUUUGCUGCUGACCUCAGAAACACUUUCUUUUUCUUCUUUCCCAUCUGGUUCCACCUGUGUGAAUCAGUGGGUAUCAAACUUAUCUGGGUAGCUGUGAUCGGGGAUUGGCUUAAUCUGGUCUUCAAGUGGAUUCUUUUUGGACAGCGUCCAUACUGGUGGGUCCAUGAGACUUCUUUCUAUGGUAAUUUCUCAGCUCCUGUAAUCCAGCAGUUCCCUGUUACCUGUGAGACUGGCCCAGGAAGUCCCUCAGGGCAUGCUAUGGGUUCGUCUUCCGUGUACUAUGUGAUGGCUUGUGCAGUAUUCAGUCUACUAAUUCAAAACCAAACUCACUUUAAGAGCCGGUGCCAACGAUGGAUCCUGUGGGCAGUAUUCUGGGGAGUGCAGAUAAAUGUUUGCCUGUCUCGCGUAUUUGUGGCAGCACAUUUCCCUCAUCAGGUGAUUGCUGGCGUCAUUUCAGGCAUUUUAGUGGCUGAAAUAUUUAACCAUGUCCAGUCUAUCUACAAGGCCAGUCUGAGAACGUACAUCUACACCACCUGUUUCCUAUUCUUUUUUGCUCUGGGAUUCUAUUUAAUUCUUAAAGCUGUGGAUGUGGAUCUGUUAUGGACAAUGGAAAAAGCCAAGAGGUGGUGCGCCAAGCCUGAAUGGAUUCACAUUGAAACCACUCCAUUUGCAGGCCUCAUCAGGAACCUGGGUAUUUUCUUGGGCUUGGGGCUUGCCCUAAACUCUCAGAUGUAUAAGGAAAGCUGCCAAGGGAAGCAGGGAGGAGUCGUCACAUUCCGCCUGUCCUGCAUUAUGUCCUCUCUGCUUAUUAUCCAUAUAUUUGACUCCUUUGAAAUUCCUACCCAGGAGGAAAGUCUCUACUACUUUUUAUCCUUUUGCAAAAGCAUUGCUGUCCCCCUGACUGCUGUCAGUCUAGUUCCUUAUUCCGUGUCACAGGUUUUGAAGUAUCAAGACAAGAAAAUGGUAUAAAGAUUAUUUUUUGUUUUUUUUUGUUUUAUGCAAUUGGUCGUUCAUGUGUUUAAACCAUCUGAAGAGCAAAUUAGACAGGAUUCUGCAAAUACAUUACUUGAUUUCUAUAUGUCAAAGUUCUGUAAAAUAUAUGUAUGAGGUUUAUAAUGCAUUUUAGAGCUGUCUUGCAGGACAUACACUUUUCUAGGUUGUAGAAGUAAAAUUCCAGGGUAAUUGGAUUAUUAAAAUGUAAUUGGGCUUAUGCAACCAUAUUGAUAAAGUAGCACUGCACUACUGAUGCAGUACCUAAAACAGCCAGGUAGCCAAUUAGGAACAGCAUAUGUGCAGAGUCGCCAGUCAUUGGCCUUGCUCAGCUAAAGAUCAGAAGUGUAUUGUUGCCUUAACAUCAAUGUCCUAGUCAGCAAUCUGCUCAAUGGCAAAAAGCUGUACAUUUUUGUUAUUUAAAAAAUAUAUAUAUAAAGUGGUUUUGUGUUUCGGGAUGAAAUCUUCAAUUACUAUAUCACUCAUUUUCAAACAUUUCUUGUAUUUAAAACAUGAUCUUGUAAAAUACGGCAUAGUUGUGGUCAAUGACAAAAAAUAUAUUUCUUAAUGUUUCUUAGAAAACAAAAUGAAUAUGAGAGAAAUUAACCAGCUUCUUAUGUUUUUCUUAAAUAUUCAUAACUUGUUCUUUAAGAAUUAUUACAUUCAUUUUAUGUUAUUUAUGUCAAUGUUGGGCUAAAUUCAAUCAGUUUGUUUACGUAGAUAAACAUAUGUCAUCUUACUGAUAACUAUAAAAAUAUGUAUAUACAUUGAUUUUUAUUCUUUUAUACAAACACAGUACUUUUUUGUAUAUUAAAGGGACAGUCUGGUCAAAAUUUAAAUGCACCUAGAUGCAUUACUUUUUUGAAUAGAAACAUAUUGGCAAUAUAAAUGUAUUGGCAAAAAUGAUUCUAGUAAAAGUUAUCACUGUUUUAGUGUUAACAUUUUUCUCUGCACGUGCAUGUGGAGAAUUGAUAGAUAUUCUCAGUGCACCAGCAUUUUAAAUACUGCAGCUGCUGAGAGUGCCAGUGGGGCUUGUAUCAUGUCAGCAAUUAACAAACUGAGUCAUUAACACAUGGCACAAGCACCUUUGGCUCUUUGAGUAAGUGCUGAGUUUAAAAUGCUGGUGCACGGUGGAUACUUAAAUACACAUUUGAAACAGCUAUAGCUUUUAUUAGAAGCAUUUUUGCUAAUGCAUAUAUAUUACAAAAAGGCUUCUAUUCAAAACCAAAAUGUAUCCAUGUGUAUUCCAGUUUUGGCAGGAAUAUCCCUUUAACUAUUUCUAGCAAGGUUAACAAAAGGUUAAUGAUAGACAUAAAAGGAGGAUAUAUAUGAAUAAAGUAAGGUGAAUGGAAAAAAAUGAGAUACAAAUAAUGGGAAAAAUGUUUACUGCUGAAAUUAUUAUGUUGAAAUUGUUUUUAUUGUAUUUUUUACAGAGUUAAUAUACAGAAAAAGAAAACAGUUCAAUAAUCCAUUAAAGUACAGAUGGUACAUUGUCUAUACAUGUUAUAUUAUUUGUUACAUAUAAACGAUUCUGUCAAAUAAAGAAUUUUUCAAAAAUGUCAA